AUGUAUGGCAACGCUAAGCAGCCGCUUAUCAAGCACGAGGACUACGAGCUCCAUGGAACGCCCGCGACGAGCGCUCUUGACGCGAACCCUGCCUUCUACUCCCAAGAAGGUCGACCUACCCCCCAAGAGGGAUACGUGGAUCCACGCGGACCAGCGCUUCCACCAAUGAGCGUCUCGGACGCCGUCGGUCUUGGAGGUCCUCACGAUAACCUCAUCUCUGUACAUGGCUACAUGCACAAACAGGGCAAGCGCACGAUCAAGGGCCCGAUCCACAAGAGCUGGAAACGCCGCUACUUUGCACUGGAGAAGGCCAAGAUCUACUACUUCCACUCGCACUUGGACUGCCGCCAGUACUUUACCACACGGAACGCUGACCUUGUCGUGGGGGCUAUUGAGCUCAAGGACGCUCUGCAAUUGCGUCCUUGUGCUCGUCUUGAUCUCCCGCACAAGGGCUUUGAGGUGCACACAAAGCGCCGAGUCUGGGUACUGUGUCCUGAAACGGACGACGAGUACCGGAUGUGGUUCCAAGGCGUCGAGCGCGCGAUUGUGGCCAAUGGGGCGGGCAAUAUCAUUGAGCGAAAGCUCCCGAAUGUUCGCAAGUACCUGAUGAAAGGGAACCAGACGUACCACAUUUUCUACUUUUUGUUCCUCAUUGCAGGCAUCGUGGAGCUACUGGCUAUCGUCUUUUGGUUCGUCAUCGGCUUGGAACCUUGUGACGCAUCGCGUCUGGAAGUUGACUGUGCGACGAUCACGACUACGUCUCUGCUUGAAUUAAGGUGCUCGGACAAACCAUUUAGUGGAUGGUAUACGCCACCCAAGUGGUAUAUGCAAGUGGCCGACGUCGAGAAUGUGAUUUGCUUUCAUGAUCCGCCUAUUAUGCAGUGGGUCUCGUACUUUGCCAUGCUCUUUGCUGAGGCACUGACGUUUGCUCUGGGAGUUCUCUAUUACCUGGGCAUGUGGAAACCUGUGCGUCGUGGUGCACACUACUUUGAUGAGUUUGAACCGCCUGUUCCGGACGAGCUUUGGCCCAAGGUUGAUGUCCUUUUGUGUCACUACUCUGAACCGGCCGAAGAGACGAUCGAUACGCUGAUGGCAUGCAUGAACCUGCAGUACCCGCCACAUCUUCUCCAGAUCUGGGUUCUAGACGAUGGCUACUGCAAGUCCAAGUGGGUGAAGAACGAUGCAGUUCCCACGGUUGAGCUGAACAAGGGUGUUUUGGAAACCGCUGGUGAUCUGCGUCAAGAGGUGGCACAAUUUAUGUUCGAUCGAGUGUGCGACCCCAAUGAAGACAUGGAAGUGUACGCGUGGCGUAAGCUGCAUUCGUCUGCUAACUUACCGUCUUCGUCGCGACCAAAGGUCGUCAAUCGUAUCGAUUGUGCCGCUGGAUCCUUCCGCGACGACUACCGUUACCCUGGUCUACCGCAUGUGACUUUUAUCGGGCGGGUGAAACCAGAAACACAUUACUCCAAGGCCGGUAAUAUCAACAAUUGCCUGUACAACGAAGGUGCUAAUGGCCGCUACCUGAUCAUCCUCGAUACGGAUAUGCAACCGCAUCCAAAAUUUGUUCUGGCAACGCUGCCGUUCUUCUUCGACGAUGAGGACCGUCAAGACAAGGCCAAGUACAUUUGCUGUGGCAUCGGAUGUAAUUCGGUGGCGAAGCUGUGCUGCGCGUCGUGCCAGAUUGCUGGUGUGCCGGAGGAACAAAUUAGUUACUGUUCCAAAGACUGUUUUGAGAACGCAAUGCACGUGCAGAGUGCGGUCCACCGUCGCCAAGUGAACGGUACGAUGAGCGACACACGUGCAAACAAGGUGAACAUGCGCUGCAUGAAUUGUGACGUGAAACUUGGCAAGAGCGGUAUCUGUAGCAAGUGCAACCCGGGGGACAAGGGAAGUGAUGGGGAGGAUGUGUCAUCGCUUCAUACUUACUCGGACGAUGUGCGUGACAAUGCCGUGGCUUUCGUCCAGACACCUCAGUACUUUCGUGACUGUAUCCAACUCCAGAUUGGAGACCCAAUGGGUCAUCGUAAUGCCACGUUCUACGAUGCGAUUCAGACUGGUCAGGACGGUUAUGACUGCGCAUCUUUCGCUGGCACGAACGCCAUGUUCCGUCGCGAAGCAUUGGAUUCUAUUGGUGGUAUUCAAUACGGCAGUUUGACGGAAGAUUGCUACACUGGUCAGGUGUUGUGCUCAAUGGGCUGGAAGGCACAGUACUUCCGUAAGGAUUUUGAAGGAGAGAUGACAGAGCGCAUUCGUUUGGCUGAAGGCCUGAUCCCAGAUUCGGUUGCCGGCUCACUGGCCCAGCGUAAGCGUUGGGCAAAGGGCAAUUUCCAGAUCGCGUUGAUGAACAAGAAAACGCAGUACUUUGAUCCGGAAUGGAAGAUGCCGGAAGUGCAAGUUCCUUCUUACCACAAAUCGAACAAAUUCAUGCGCCGCGUGUUCUACUACAACUCGACACUCUACCCGCUCGGAUCGAUCACGGCUAUCCUGUUCUAUUACAUCACAAUUUACUUCCUGUUCUCUGGCUACGCACCGAUCUACAUUGCUGGCGUUCGUCUCGUGUACGCUUUGGUGCCGAAGCUAUUCGUGCAGGGUGUGUUAUCAGCAUUGAGCAACCGCACAGUUGAGAACAGCGAUGUGAUCCGGUCUCAAGAAGUGUGGUUUGCUUACGCAUUCACGAAUUGCACUGCCGUGCUGGAGGCGUUCUGGUGGAAAAUUACGGGCAAGGAGCCCAAGUGGUUUAACACUGGCGGUGCGAGCCGCGGGUCGACAGCCGAGCUGCCGAAUGUGAUCAUCUUUUUUGGAACCGUCGUGGGCUUGCUGUGGUCGGUGGUGCGUUUUCUAGCUGGCUACAACAGCAUCCAGACUUCGCACGGCGCAUCACUGCUAUUUGCAAGCCUGAUGAUGGGUCUGUUUAUUGCUGUCAAGCUGGCACCGAGUGUGCGCAUGAGCAUUCAAGAGUACUUUGGCUGGAGCUACGAGAGCUUGAUGGACCAAGGCAACGUCGUGGGCUCCAUCUCAAUUGCGUUUGGACUCGUCUUCAUCACGUUGUGGGUCUGGAUCGAGCAGCCGACGUCCAACCCUUUCUAA